GUAUCACUCCCACCUCCUCAAAGCCAUGAGGAAGGAGUGUUCUCUUUAUGUGACUAGGCACAGGUUCCAAGUGGGGAGGGGACUGGCUCAGCAUCCGGAGCCAAAACAGGAAUAGAACUGGCAGCUCAGCCUGGAGCAGUUCUGGGCUUUUGGUUCUCCGCAUCAACACAAUCAGCAUGCCUAUGAUUUCUGUGCUGGGCAAAAUGUUUCUGUGGCAGCGUGAAGGGCCUGGAGGACGAUGGACUUGUCAGACAAGUCGCAGAGUGUCCUCGGACCCAGCCUGGGCUGUGGAGUGGAUCGAACUUCCUCGGGGUCUCUCUCUAUCCUCCUUGGGAUCUGUCCGGACUCUCCGAGGCUGGAGCCGGUCCCCCCGCCCUUCCUCCGUGGACAGCCAGGACUUGCCAGAGGUGAAUGUUGGAGACACAGUCGCGAUGCUGCCCAAGUCCCGGAGAGCCCUAACUAUCCAGGAGAUCGCUGCGCUGGCCAGAUCCUCCCUGCAUGGUAUUUCUCAGGUGGUGAAGGACCACGUGACCAAGCCUACUGCCAUGGCCCAGGGCCGAGUGGCUCACCUCAUUGAGUGGAAGGGCUGGAGCAAGCCAAAUGACUCACCUGCUGCUCUGGAAUCAGCUUUUUCCUCCUAUUCAGACCUCAGUGAGGGUGAACAAGAGGCUCGCUUUGCAGCAGGAGUGGCUGAGCAGUUUGCCAUCGCAGAAGCCAAGCUCCGGGCAUGGUCUUCAGUCGAUGGUGAGGAUUCCACCGACGAUUCCUAUGACGAGGACUUUGCUGGGGGAGCUGACACAGACAUGGCUGGGCAGUUGCCCGUGGGACCUCACCUCCAGGACCUCUUCACUGGCCGCAGAUUCUCCAGGCCUAUGCGCCAGGGCUCUGUGGAGCCUGAGAGCGACUGCUCGCAGACCGUUUCCCCAGAUACCCUGUGCUCUAGUCUGUGCAGCCUGGAGGAUGGGUUGUUGGGCUCCCCAGCCCGGCUGGCCUCCCAGCUGCUGGGCGAUGAGCUGCUCCUUGCCAAACUGCCCCCCAGCCGGGAAAGUGCCUUCCGCAGCCUGGGCCCCUUGGAAGCCCAGGACUCGCUCUACAAUUCGACCCUCACGGAGUCCUGCCUUUCCCCUGCUGAGGAGGAGCCAGCCCCUUGCAAGAACUGCCAGCCGCUCUGCCCACCACCAAUGGGCAGCUGGGAACGGCAGCGGCAAGCCUCUGAUGUGGCUUCUUCUGGGGUGGUGUCCUUAGACGAGGAUGAGGUGGAGCCAGAGGAACAGUGACCCAAAUCAUGCCUGGUGGUGGCAUGUGUCCCCUGGCUGCUGCUAGGGGCAGAGCCUCUGUGCCCAAGUGUGGGCUGAAGGCUCCCAGCAGAGCUCUGCAACCUAGAGGGCUCCUGGGAGCACUCAAUUCUCCGUUGUGUGUUUUGCAUGAAAGUGUUUGGAGAAGAGGCAGGGGCUGGGCUGGGGGCGCAUGUCCUGCCCCCACCUUGGGGUUUGCCGGGGGUUGCCCGGGGCCCCUGGGGCAUGGCUACAGCUGUGGCAGACAGUGAUGUUCAUGUUCUUAAAUCAAAAACACCACACACAUUUUCUCCUCAGAUGAUGUGAACCCCUAAGGGGGUUGUUGUGACUGGGCUAUGUGGGGGUGGAGUGGGAGGGAGCCCGGCCACUCCCUCUGGCCUCCCCAUGCCUUGCUCUUCUGUUUCUCUCCUCACCUCUGAGUCUAUGUGCAGUGCUUGAUACAAUCACCCUUGCCUGGGUGGCCUGGCUCCUGCCCUCCUAGAGCCUACGGAUUGAGCCGUCCCCCAAGGGCCCCUUGCCCAGCUGGGCACAUGCUGUGCUUCACUUCUCCAUCGUCUCUAAAUCUUCUUCUUUUUUUCCUAAAGACAGAGGGUUUUUGGUCUGUUCUUUCAGUCGGAUCUUCUCUGGGAGGCACUAGAAUGAUGGAAGCAUGUGCCCUCCACUCUUUUCCUGGCCCCCCUGAUGGGUCCUGGGCCCCAUCCCAGCCCCUCCUAGGAUGUGUGGGCAGUGUCCUGCUGGUUCACAGCCAGCCAGGCUGCCCCAUUCAUGCAGAGUUCUCUUUAGUGUGGGGUUGGAAGAAGAGAUGGCUCUGGUUGCUACAAAGCUAUGACUUCGAUGUUCUUCCAGAGAGGGCCACAAGGGGGCCACGGGGUGGCCAGGCAGUUGUCAGCUGAUGCCUGCCCAAGGCAGGAAUUGUGCCAAUGAGUGACAGUCAUGAGGGAGUGUCUCUCCUUGGGGAGGCAAGGAGGUAGUGCCUUUCUUGGCUGAAUGAAAGGCCACAGCUACAGUACUGCCCACCUCCCCACUCUACUCUCAUCAAGGGUGUUAAUAACCCAUCAGCAGAGGCCUCUGACAGAUCCAGCAUUUCCAAGGACACUGAACAGAUUUCAUGGCUGCAGGCAGGGUGGGUGGCUGCAAAAUAAGGAGCCUUAUAGGCUUUGGCAGGUAAGAGUGCCCAGGGUAAGAACAAGAGCUAACGGGCACAAGCAUUCUAUAUAUGAGUGGCUCAUUAGGUGUUUAUUUUGUUCUAUUUAAGAAUUUGUUUUAUUAAAUUAAUAUAAAAAUCUUUGCAAAUCUC